AUGGGGAAGUACAUCGCGUCCACGCAGCGCCCCGACGGCACCUGGCGCAAGCAGCGGCGGGUCAAGGAGGGCUACGUCCCGCAGGAGGAGGUGCCCGUGUACGAGAACAAAUACGUCAAGUUCUUCAAGAGCAAACCCGAGCUGCCGCCGGGGCUGAGCCCCGAGGCGGGCGCGCGGCCCGACGGCGCCGCCGCCGCCGCGCUCUCCAAGGCCGCCAAAAGGAACUUGAAACGCAAGGAGAAGCGGAAGCAGCAGCAGGAGAAGGGCGAGCCCGAGGUGGACGGACUGGUGCAGGCGCUGGAGAGGAGCUCCCUGGGCGGCGGGGCCACGGAGGCGCCGGGCGAGGAGGAGGCGACGCCGCAGCCGCCCUGCGACGGCGCCGCCGCCGAGCGCCUGCGCAAGAUCAAGAACCUGCGCAAGAAGCUGCGGCAGGUGCAGGAGCUGCAGCAGCGCCUCGACGCCGGCGACCUCAAGCAGCCCACGCGGGAGCAGCUGGAGAAGCUGGGCCGCAGGAAAGCGCUGCAGGAGGAACUGCAGGAGCUGGAGCGGGACUUGUGA